GACGAUCAUAACCCACCGUUUGCUUUUUCCCUUCCUUUCCUCUUGUUCCUCUCCUCUUUCUUUUUCACCUACCAAUUUUGUUUUUAUUUUUUUUAUUCUUGUUUUUAUCUUGUUUUUGCUGUUCGUUUUGUUUCCCUUUUUGAGCGAUUUCGAAGAGUGACGGUGUUGCAUUACAAUCGUAUAUGCUUAUCAUGGAAGUUUCUCCUUCGCAACUUCCUGCAUACCAUUCCAUUUACGACGGGUCACCCACACUUCUCCCCGAAAAUAUCGCGAAUUUUAUCACGGCCGCCUCGUUGGCCACUCGAUUAUCCUUACGAUGUUCCUCCCUGCUGGUCGAAACGUUGUUUGAAGCCGCCAAGUACAGCACCGUACUCACCCUGGGACUGUCCCGAAGCGCUCUUAGCAACGCCUUGACCACGGCCAAAAAGCUUCAUGCAUUGUCCAGUCAAUCGCUGACGGAAGAAAAAAACGCCUUUAUGCAUGUUCUUGAUAAAUAUACCAAUUUGGGCAUCUACAUCGUUCAUAAUACAUUCACCCUGGCUGAACUUUUCACCCUCUCCGGAUUGCAGCUGACUUCGCAAACCAUCAAAUCGGGUCUAAAGACUGCCGAAGAAUCGGUGCGUAUUAUUGACGGUAUUUUUGGCUCGAAUGAAACGUCGCGUGCCAUCGCCUCGAUUGUCACGUUGGUGCAUCGUGAAUUAAUGCAGGAUCCAGAUUUUGAAUUAGCCAACUGUGGUAGAAUCGCCAUUCUGGCAGGACUGACCAAGGCCCUGACAGCUUUUGCUGUUUUACAGAAUGUGACCCACAAGCACAUGAUGAAACAAAUCAAAAUCACCACCCUCUGGAAAGGCCUCGUUAUCGAUGAAAAGAAAAAACCAAAUCAGGGUUUAAUUCAGUAUCAUCACAAGGACACCUCCGACAGCCAAUCCUCCAGCAGCGUUUUCCAACCUUCAGACCAUGCCCAAUGCCAUCCCGAUGUCAUUCAGGAACUGGAAGAAUUUCUCAUGGAAUCCACCGCGGUCGAAAACGAUCCCAUACCCGAUGAAAAAUGCGAAGCCACCACAAAUACUGCUAUAAAGAAGCGAAAAGAAGACGACAAAUUGGUGGAUACAUCCCCUUACGAUGUCUAUGAAAUCACCACCGUCACCGAGCGCAUUACGAAACGAACCACCCGUAUUCAACCCAUCGAUCUCACCAAAAGUGUGCAUGAGCAGCCGCAUGCGAAAUAUGUCGUGGUCAAGUCCGAGGAAGAGGAAAGAGACGCCUAUCGAGCCGUGGUGAACCGUAACGUGGCCAAUGGCACCGACGAUGACAGGUCGAAAUCACUGGCCCAACGAUUGAACAUUAUGCUUUGCGCCAUUUCCAGGAAAAUAGCAUGGAAGUCGGUGGAUCGCCAGGAACAGUACGACCACGCCACCGACGAGAAGCACGCUCUUUUGGAAGCCAACAACGAGAAUUCGAAUGAGGAAAUCCAUGUUCCAGAGACGGACACGCCUUCACAACCGAUGCCGCCACUUUCCAACUCCGUCGCUGCAGAUCCACCAAAGCAUCGCCGGUCGUCUUUGCCAUCUUUGCCUCCUUCCAAUUUACCGUUAUCCAAAGAUAACAGUAAAAACUUGUACAUAAACCAUCAUUACAUUGCUUCCAACAAUAAUACCGUCAUACCCCUCAGCCAAGAAGACGCAAAGCCUUCUUCGGCUCCACGAUACCGACUUCAUCUCAGCCGAUCCAAUUCGACCACCAGCGUGGUGUCUAUAUCCAACAUGGCAACCGCCACCAUGACCACCUACACAACAUCAUGCGAAACAACGGCUACCAAUCAUUCUCAUCGCUCCCGACGACCCAGCAUGCACAAACCUACCUCAUCCUCUUCCCCUCCUUCCACAUCCUCUUUUUGUUCCCUGGAUCGCGAACCCGAUUCGCGCAAUUUCCCUCGAAAUCACAUUAUUAAUAACAUUGCUCACUUUAUGCGCUACGCCAGCGCGGCGUACGGAGAGUCUUUUAUGCGUAUCCUGGGUAUUGGCGAUAUUCCCAAUGUAUUUCCUGCUUCCAAUCAUCAUCAUCCUAACCAUCAUGCAUUCGCGCAUCACACGGGCGUGUCCGUGGAAGAUAUCUUGCUAUCCAGUUACACCGAUCAUUCCCUCCUCAAAAUGAACCAUCCUUCCAUGCAUGCCCUCGUCCAUUACGUCACCGUCGAUCAUCGUGCCAAAGCAGUUGUCUUGACCUGUCGGGGCACCCUCGGGCUCAGUGACGUGCUCACAGACCUCACUUGCAGCUACGCCGAAUUUGCACUGCCCACCGACGCUCAGCCACGACGCUACCGUGCGCAUGGCGGAAUGCUGGAUGCUGCCCAACUCCUCGCCAAAGAGAAAGGCAAAGUGUAUCAAAUGAUUCGUCAAGGAUUGGAACGGUAUCCCGACUACGGACUCGUGUUGUGCGGUCACUCUCUAGGCGGUGGAGUCGUUAGCUUGCUCAGUGUUCUGUGGAGUGAAGAGCGCAAGGAAUUUCUGAAGCGACCAUGUACGGUGGCCACGUCAUCUCUGACCAAUGAUCCAGUCCCUUUUGUCACCUCUCAUCUCUCGGGACUGCCUCCCGGACGAGCCAUUCACUGCUACGCUUACGGUCCACCGGGCACCAUGUCCCUGGAACUGAGCGAAUACUGCGGUCGCGGUCUGGUCACGAGCGUCGUUCACGGCUACGAUAUUGUGUGCAGUCUUAGUCUCGGACUAUUGAAGGAUUUCAAAAACAUUGCAACGAGCUUACACCGUGAAGGCACAGUUGCGGAAGAGAUCAUUGGUCGCAUUGUGGGCCGAUACCAUAACAAAGCCAGCCAGCCCAGCGAACGCGAAAAAGAGCUUGACGAAGACGAUCAAUGGUUUUGGGCCAUGAUCAAAACGAUGCGAGCAGAUAUGCGAACCGACAAAUUGUACCCACCCAGCACGGUGUACCAUAUCGAAUCGUUGCCGCACGUGGCCCAGGAUAAUGUUUCUCAGCCGUCGCAAUAUAAAAAAGCCCACAUGGUCGUCCUCAGCCGUUGCGAUGAUGUUCAAGCCCGGUUUUCCGAAAUUGUUUUUUCCCGCAACAUGUUCAUGGAUCACUCACCUAAUAUGUACGAAAACGCUAUUCGCAAUCUAUGCAAAGGCUUUUUCAAAGAACAAGAAGCUUACAGCCGUAUUUAAUCUAUUAUUUCCAUAUUGGGAUUUUUGAUGUAAACCAAAUAAAUAACAAUUUGUACUCUAUGGCCGAUAUCCCCAACAUAUUCUUUGGAACAGCGCAUCGAUGGGUGCCCUGGCCCAUCUGUAUUGUAUCAG